ACUUUGUUUGCUCCUUGAAAGCUGUGCACGCUGCGGAAGCGACGGCAUCGUUCCAAGCCUUAGUAGCAACAACAACACAUCAAUACACAAACAACAAGGAUACCCGAGUGCGCGGGGCUGGGGUUAAAGUGGAAUUCGUGGCUUACCGGUGGCAAAAAUUAUAUUAAAAGUAAAGCAUGGCCAAAAUGAAAAAGUUGUUUGUUUGCCCGUUUAAGCGAUGUGUUUUCCUAGCUAAAAGUGCCUCUGUUCGGUAAAUUGAUCCGCGGCGGGCGGAAAAUUAGUCAGUGAUUGCGCGUCAAUUGAACCUUUUCCGCUUGCUUCGCUUCCCUACACUGGCGGAGCAACUGCGAGUGCGAACAUCAAAAGUCAACGGUGACAAAAAGUGAAAGCGGAAACGGAAACAGAGACGGCAGAGCGCUACAGGAACUGAGAAACAGGCAGCGGCGGUGGCCACUGUAUAAUGUGCGCGCUGCAUUGUUGAUUUGUUGCCACUUUGACCCAAAUCGCAUUGCGUCCAAGACGGACGUAAGUCUGACGGAGGCUUUAGUGCGAGGAGUACAUAACUGAAGGGCCCACUCAAUGUCACCGCCAAGUAGAAGUCGCAAGUUAACUAGUUGCUGCUAAAUACGAAAAAUACCACUCAUCAUCAAUCCGCUCCAGCAUCUUUUAAGGGGUCAGCAGCACUGGGAAAUCAGUUUUGGAUAUUCAUCUCCCUAAAGAAACAAUUUUUAUUUUGUCCACGGUGGGAACCAAGUCUUUCGCGCGAGAGCUUGCACGCUCAUGCGUAACAUGGUGCGAUGGCCCAAUGGGUAAGGCUCUGAUGUGAGAGGACCCCGGUUCGGGUACCCGCUAUGGCCACAAUUGCUUAAAUCGACCACUGUGCCUAGGACGGGGGUAAAAUGGGUCCGUGAAGUAUGACAUAACAGGACCGAGGCCCGACAGCAGCACUACGUGCCUUUUGUGAAGGCUCCUUUUGCGCAUCCGCUUCUCUUGGCAUCCGGCGCAGAAACUGGCAUAUCAACCCAUAUUAUCCUUCGCAUCAAAUGGGAACGUUAUGCCGCCCGAGAUAGUGACGAAAACUCUCAACGCAGGCCGCAGGAAUAAGUGAGCCCCUCUGAAGACAUUACUUUGGAAACGAUUCAUCAUCGGCACCACGCUUCUGACAGUGUUCUCGGCAGAAGAGUGUUAAUUUCUACCAGUCACACAAUACAAGAUAGAGACAGUCAGCGCUACACGUGCCGCGCCGUGGCCUAAUGUGCUUACAAGCACUGACAUGAAACAUGAUGAAGAGCAUGCCACUUCUUUUCUGAACCCAGCCGAUAGAGAAGUAAGACCGAAAGAAAGAAACGGGCGACGAGCUGAAAAUUUGUGACAUGUGCGAGGAACAGGUGGCAUCGUAACUCGCAGGACAACGAGGCAUUGACAGCUAGGGAAAAAAGCCAAAAAAGCUAGCGCUGCACAUCGGAUCACCAUUUACCAGCGCAGCAUCGCAUCGCACUUACUAGCAACAGCAACAUAACCCGUUGAGGCAUAUGUGCGCCGGCGAUGAAAGCAUUGUGUGGUUGCCGCAACUGAAAGGAUCCUGCGCGUUCAUUCAAAGACCCAUUAACCCUAAUAAGGAACCAACUAACCAGCUAGACAAUACGUUCCGCACGCUCAUCGAUGAGGCAGUACCUCCUUGGGGCCCAGGACAUAGAUUGUGGACAGUAGGUCUUGGGAGAGGCCGCAGUAGAAACUGUGACAGGGAGGUAACGGCCCGGCGAAUCGAGAAAAGAUGCCAAUGGUGCUUCCACGGAUGGUGCUGCGUCUGCGGCGGCCCCUGAACCUGAUGGAAGUGCGAAUCCUGCUACUCUGCCUACCGACGCUGCUCCUGGCCACGACGCUCGAGCCAGAUCAAAAGUCAAUACUCACAGAUAACGAUUGGAAAAAGUUAUGGAUGCGCGGCGGUAUUAAUGGCGAUUCAAAACAGGAUAAUAAUCUCGACACGAGCGACAGUCCAAUGUUCGAAGACAGUGAGCUGAUGGCUCACAACACAACCGUCCAGCUGGGUGGUACUGCCUUUCUGGUCUGCAAGGUCUCCGGCGUGGACAGAGUGGGUGUAAAUUGGAAUCAAAUAUCUUGGAUCCGCCGCCGGGACUGGCACAUCCUGUCGUCGGGGGCCCAGCUUUACACGAACGACGAGCGAUUCGCGAUACUGCACACGCCCGGCUCCAACAUGUGGACGCUGCAGAUAAAGUUUGUGCAGCGCCGGGAUCACGGCAUGUACGAGUGCCAGGUCUCGACGCCAACUGGCAUCAUUUCCCACUUUGUGAAUCUUCAAGUGGUUGUGCCGGAGGCAUUUAUUCUGGGCUCCGGCGAGCUUCAUGUUGACAUGGGCUCAACAAUCAAUUUGGUUUGCAUUAUUGAAAAGAGUCCGACACCACCACAGUACGUGUACUGGCAGAAGAACGAUCGCCUGAUCAACUAUGUCGACUCCCGACGUGACAUAACCAUUGAGACGACCCCGGGACUCCGAACGCAGAGCCGCCUGAUCAUUCGAGAGCCGCAGAUCACCGACUCCGGCAACUACAGCUGCUCGGCCAGCAACACGGAGCCUGCGAGCAUCUACGUCUUUGUCUCGAAAGGCGACAAUAUGGCAGCAAUCUCCCGUCGGAAGACCUCCUCGGCCGACCGUCUGACGCACAUAUUUAAGUCGAUGCUGGCGCCCUGUUUCCUGCUGAACACGGUUAUUGUGAGACGCAUCUUUCUGACUUAAGUGGACAUCUUGGCCAGCUGUAGGAAGCGGGAAAACGACGACAAGGAAUUCCUAUUUAAGCUAUAUCAGUGUCUGAUUUAAAGCAAGCCGAAACAAUGUUAGUAACUGAAUAACACAAAGUCUAGAGUAAUUGCUAAGCUAAGCUCAGUAUAAGCUGCGCACUCAAGUGUAAAAAUCAUGUUAAGCCAAUCGUAGUUUCUGUGCAGACAUGAUUGAUUAAAAUACGGACAAGUCGAGAUAAGUACUAGUAUAGUUUACUUACCAAUAAUUGUGUACAGUAUGUUGAAGGAUUUUAAAAUAUUUGACAUUCGUUUAUAAAUAUCCUGUAUACUAUCCAUAAAUUACCCUGUUGCCGUCAACAAAGUUAUGUAAAUGUAUAAUGCUUACUUCAAAUGCCUUUUUUCAACCAAGUUUAUUGCUUUGCGAUCCGAAAAAAUCUUUGCUGUAAGUGGUAUUUCCAUAGUUAGCCAAUUUGAGUACAUCAAAUUGGGUAUUUAUGAACCAUAACGCGUAUUAAGACGUUAUUAUCCCAGUUACUUAAUGCUAAUUGAAAACUAAAAAGAUUAAGGCGGAAACUUGUAGCCCAUAAGCAACUACCAGGGCAAAAUUAACGUUAGCGGGAAUAAGAACAAGAUGAUAAACUCAUAUUCAUAAUUAUCUUAUUAUGUUUGUAAAUAAACUUUAAAGCAAAUGGCAAAGCAAGCACGUACAAGCAACAUACAACAUUCAGUCUUGUGCUAUACACAAAUUUAAAUUAUGUAAAUACAAGUAAAAAAUAAAUCAUAUAGUUCCGACAA